AUGCUCACAGCCAGCGCAUCGUCAUCAUCCUUACCUCAAAAUUCUCGAUCCUUUGCUCUUUCAAAAAAAGUAAGCAGUGCCCAUGCACUUCCACCUUCAUAUCGGUCACUCAUGACAACUGAUGAUUCAAGGAUUCUUGAUUUCUAUGUUGAUGAUUUUGAUGUCGACACAGAUGGAAAAAGAUUUAUUUGGCAGGGUAUCUGCAAGUUUCCUUUUAUUGAUGAAGAGCGCCUUCUUGAUUCAACAAAAAUGAUUAAGAAGGAACUGACUGAGGAGGAAGCUAAAAGAAAUCCUGAGAAUGUCGACAAGUAG